AGGGAGAAAGCCCGGAUCGAGCAGCGUCUGUUCAGCCCUGCUCCUCCCCACCCAGCAAGGCACUUGCUCUUCCCCGAUCUCACCAGAGAGGCACAAGCGCUCCGUCCCUUCCAGAGGCAGGCGGAGGGAAGAGAAAGGGUCUGUUGUUUUUCUCUCCUUGUUUCUCUCUCGCUUUCUGCUGAUCACCAAGCUGCUGACCGGGUCAGAAAGCCCUGAUGGAAAUCCACCCGUGCUGGGCAGGCCCCUCCUCCUUCAGGGAGCUCGUCCUUGACUAAUAAUUUUUCCUCGUCCCGAUGGGGAAGAAAGAGAGGGAGAACGAAGAAAAAGAAAAACCACAAACUUCCUUUGAAGCCCAGCUUGUAGUCAGGGCCUGGAGCGCACGCCCUAGGCUCGGCGACUCGGGAAUCCUGAAGCCGCUCUGCGCACCCGGGAGCGCCUGGGUUGCGCCCCUGCCCGCCCGCAGCCCCCUCCGGCGCCCCCAGUGCUGGGCGUGAGUCCGGAAGUGGCCGCGAUCCAGCCAGGACCGCAGCUCCUAAACCUGGGUAAACCUGUCCACGCUGGGGCGUUGACAGCUGGAAGGCAGCUGGCCCUGGCGACUCCCCUCCUUGUGCCCACCUCCCCCAUCGCACGCCAGAGCUGAACUCUCCUUCUCAGUCCUGGGACAGCACCCACUUCUCGAAGUGAAGCUGACUCUACCCAUGUCUUCAAUCCCACCCAAGUCAGCCCUCCCAAGCCUAGAAGUCUUGUGCCCUUUUUGGUGUCAUCUGGUCACAGCCAGUUAGAGGUGAAAAGAGCUCAGCCUGGGGCCCUCCUGUUGACACGAGCUGGGAAAGACAUAUACUACUCAUAGCCAGGAGUGACCACACGACACCAGCCAGCCUUCUGCACUGGGUCCCUCCCUUUCCAGUCCAUGUUUUUCUCCUUAUUGGCCAGGUUUCUCUCUUUUACACCAGUCCUGACUUAGGCAAGGCCCUGAGGUCAGUAAUCACCUCCAGUGCCCCUUGGUCAACUCCCUUCCGACCAUGGAACACCAUCAGCCUGAGCAUGCGGCCUCUGGGGAGGCCAGGACUGCAGAAGCAGUCACCCCAGAAAACCAUGAGGUCCUGUCAGGCCCGGAUGAGCACCCUCAGGACAAGGAUGUGGGAGGUGCUGAUGGGGCAACUGGAGAACAGGCACCAGUAGACCAAGCUUUGCUGCCUCCCCCGGGCACGGACAACCUAGAUUCCCCUCCAAGUGGAGCUAGCUCAAGUCUACCAGGACCAGCCCAUGGGCCAUCACCUCAGGUAGAGACAGCGGGGGCAUGUUCCACGCCCCAGGAGCGCCCCCAGUCCCCCAGGACCCGACAGCCCGAGCCAGAUUUCUACUGCGUCAAAUGGAUCCCUUGGAAGGGGGAACGGACACCCAUCAUCACCCAGAGCGCCAACGGCCCUUGCCCUCUGCUGGCCAUCAUGAACAUCCUCUUUCUCCAGUGGAAGGUGAAGCUACCACCCCAGAAGGAAGUGAUCACAUCGGAUGAGCUCAUGGCCCAUCUCGGAGAUUGCCUGCUGUCCAUCAAGCCUCAGGAGAAGUCAGAGGGACUUCAGCUUAAUUUUCAGCAGAAUGUGGACGAUGCAAUGACUGUGCUCCCUAAACUGGCCACAGGUCUGGAUGUAAAUGUGCGAUUCACAGGCGUCUCUGAUUUUGAGUACACACCUGAGUGCAGUGUCUUCGACCUACUAGGCAUACCUAUGUACCAUGGCUGGCUUGUUGAUCCGCAGAGUCCUGAGGCUGUGAAUGCAGUGGGGAAACUGAGUUACAACCAACUGGUAGAGAAGAUCAUCACCUGCAAACACUCCAGUGACACCAACCUUGUGACAGAAGGCCUGAUUGCAGAACAGUUCCUGGAGACCACCGCGGCCCAGCUGACCUACCACGGGCUGUGUGAGUUGACGGCGGCCGCCAAGGAGGGUGAACUGAGUGUCUUUUUCCGAAACAACCACUUUAGCACUAUGACUAAGCACAAGAGUCACUUGUACCUACUGGUCACUGACCAGGGCUUUCUACAGGAAGAGCAGGUGGUAUGGGAGAGCCUGCACAACGUGGAUGGAGACAGCUGCUUCUGUGACUCCGACUUUCACCUGAGUCAUUCUCUGGACAAGGGGCCUGGAGCAGAAGGUGGGAGUGGCUCCCCCGAAAAGCAGCUGCAGGUAGACCAGGACUACCUGAUUGCCUUGUCCCUGCAGCAGCAGCAGCCACCAGGUCCGCUGGGCCUCAGUGACCUGGAGCUGGCCCAGCAGCUCCAGCAGGAGGAAUACCAGCAGCAGCAAGCCGCGCAGCCCGUGCCCAGGCGGGCCCCGUCCCCGCAGGGGAGAGGAGGCUCAUCAGGACGCCCAGCCGGGGAACGUCGACAGCGGACGAAGCACGAGUCGGACUGUGUUCUGCUCUAG